UCUGAGAAUGUCUUGCUAUAAACUGUCUUAGUUCACUAAACAGAAGCAGCAGGAGCAGCAAUCCUUUCUUCACAACCUAAAAACAUGAGUUGUAAAUACGGUUCUUUCCAAGUCAUUCUUUUGUUCAUGUGGCUGGUGUUUACAUGCAGUCCCCAUCAGCUGUAUAUUGCAAAUUUCCAUAUCUUCAAAGGAUCACCGGAACAGAUUAUGAACCUCAAGGCUGAGGACAAACUUACAGAUUAUCCAAAAGACUGCAGUGAGAUCCCCAAGGGAAGUCCAAGUGGGUUGUACAUCAUCUUCCCUCAGGGGCUGUCGACUGGUUAUUUGGUAGUAUACUGUGAUAUGUACUCAGAUGGUGGUGGCUGGACUGUUAUUCAAAGAAGUCACCACAGAGCAGAAAAUAUCUGGGAUCAGACCUGGCAAAGUUAUAAAACUGGAUUUGGAAACCUAGAAGGGGAAUUCUGGCUGGGCAAUGAAUAUAUUCAUCAAAUAACAAAUCAGAAGCCGUAUAAAGUGUGCUUUGUAAUUUCUGAUGCAAACAGCUUUUUAAAGUUUGCAAGUUAUGACCUUUUCAGUGUGGACAGUGAGAGUCAGGGAUAUGCACUGCGGCUUGGGAAGUACUCUGGGAAUGCAGGAGAUGCACUGAUUAUGCACAGUACUGCUGGCAUUCAUGACAACAUGAAAUUCACAACCAAAGAUAGAGAUCAGGACUUCAGCUCUGGAAAUUGUGCCUCUGUACAUGGUGGAGGCUGGUGGUAUAAUAACUGCUGUUAUGUCAGGCUUAACAGUCAUAAUAACAUACUAUGGAGUACUUUCUGUAGUGACUGCAAAAGCAGUGAGGUACUAAUAAAACCAUUCAAUGCACAGUAACAAGAAGAUUUAUUUAUUUAACAUUUGUUUACCAGUAAAGUCCGACUUGGAAUGAGCCAAUUUUCAGUGGAAGCCCAGGGAGAAAUGCUC